AAAAUUGGGACUUAGCCGCACACGCAGCUAGAUUUCCUCCGCCAUUGCAAAGAGGAAUAUCAAGCGAAAAGAUUUUGUGAAUAUGGCAAGUGCCGACGAAUUUGGUAGCAUUAAUCACUCGAUGGACUCCGGCAGUUCCUCGGAAAGGCCAGAAUCUGCAGAAGUUCUAAAGAAGAAGAUGCAGAACGGAGGGAGUGGAGAACCAGCUGCCAACCAUGUCUCAUCCAAUGGUCUGUCCAACCAUGUGUCUGACAAACAUGAAGCGGGAGACAAACACAAGGACAAACAUCGAGAACACAGCAGUAGUAAGUCUAAAGACCACCACCAUAGUUCCAGCAAACAUCACAGCUCCUCAUCCUCAUCCAAGGACAAACACAGAGAUGGAAGCUCAAAACAUAAAGAUGGCAGCAGCUCAAAGCAUCAUUCCUCCAGCUCCUCCAGCAAGCAUAAGGAUGGUCAUAGCUCUAGCAGCAAGCACAAGGAUGGGAGCUCUUCCUCCAGCAGCAAGGACAAGCACCACAGUAGCAGCCAUUCCAGCAGCAAAGACAAACAUCAUAGCAGCAGCAGCUCCUCAGAUAAACACAAGGACCGACAUAAGGAUGGACACAAAUCGUCUUCUUCAUCACCAGACAAACAUAAGUCCUCAAACUCAUCAUCAGAUAAACACAAGUCAAGCUCAUCUGACAAACAUAAGUCCUCCUCACCGGACAAGCAUAAGUCCAGCAGUUCAUCAAGUAGGAGUAAAGAUCACUCCUCUUCAUCACACAGCUCCAGUAAGGACAAGUCAAGGGACAAGGAAAGACAUCAUAAGGAGAAACGGGACAAGCAUGAGAAGCCAAGUGUAAAAACAGAAGCAGGGGUACCAUCAAUUGGCUCAGAUGUUGACAUGAAGUCGGAUGAAGAUCCUUCACCACCAAAGCCAGUUGUCAAGGCGGAACCAAUGAGUGAUGAUGAUGACAAACCUCUGUCUGCCAGAAUCAAGGAGGAGCCAGUUGCACAGAAGAGGUCCUACAAAGAAGAGUCCUCAGAUGAUGAACCCUUGUCAUCAAGGGUUGAGAAAGUUAAGAAAGUGAAGGUUGAGGACAAGAAAGUCAAUAAGAAGAGAAAGGCGGAAGAAGAGGAGGUGGAGGAAUUCAAACCAGAAGUUAAAAAGAAGAAGAAGGACAAGCUGAAAAAGAAGACAAAGUUUGAGCCAUCUCCCAGCCCCACCAAGAAAUCCAAGAAGGAGAAGGCCCCCGAACCAGAGGUGUGGAAAUGGUGGGAAGAGGAACGGAAAGAUGAUGGCACCAAGUGGAAGUUCCUCGAACACAGGGGCCCUGUGUUUGCUCCUGCGUAUGAACCUUUGCCCAAGUCAGUCAAGUUCUACUACGAUGGAAAGGAGAUGUCAUUGUCCAAUGAUGCAGAGGAAGUUGCUACAUUCUAUGCCAAGAUGUUGGAGCAUGACUACACCACUCGUGAUGUGUUCAACACCAAUUUCAUGAAGGACUGGAGGAAGUGUAUGACUUCUGAAGAAAAGGAGAAGCUCAAGGAUCUGAAGAAAUGUAACUUUAGUGAAAUGGCCGACUAUUUCAAGGUGAAGACUGAGGAACGAAAGGCCAUGACCAAGGAAGAGAAACUGGUAAUAAGGAAGAACAAUGAAGCGCUAGUGAAGGAGUAUGGCUUUUGCAAGAUUGAUGGUCACACAGAGAAGAUCGGUAACUUCAAGAUAGAACCCCCAGGUCUGUUCCGAGGUCGAGGUGACCAUCCGAAGCAGGGCAUGUUGAAGAGAAGGGUACAGCCUGAGGAUGUCAUUAUCAACUGUAGCAAAGAGUCUGUUAUCCCCAAGGCACCUGAAGGCCACAAGUGGAGAGAAGUUCGCCAUGAUAACAUGGUAACAUGGCUCUCCAGCUGGAAUGAAAACAUCCAGGGUCAGACCAAGUACAUCAUGUUGAAUGCUGCUUCCAAACUCAAGGGAGAGAAGGACUGGCAGAAGUACGAAGUUGCCCGUCGUCUGCACAAGUGUGUUGAUAAGAUCCGAGCUCAGUAUCGGGAAGACUGGAAAUCCAAGGAGAUGAGAAUACGGCAGCGGGCUGUUGCCCUCUACUUCAUCGACAAGCUUGCUCUGAGAGCUGGUAACGAGAAGGAAGAAGGUGAGACAGCCGAUACGGUAGGCUGCUGCUCACUGCGAGUGGAACAUAUGACGCUGCAUGAGGAGAAGGACAACAAGGAGUGUGUGGUGGAAUUUGACUUCCUCGGUAAGGACUCCAUCCGCUACAACAACAGCAUGCCAGUGGAGAAGAGAGUCUUUAAGAACCUGCAGCUCUUCAUGGACAACAAACAACCUGAAGAUGACCUCUUUGACAGACUUAAUACGGCCAUCUUGAACAAGCACUUGCAUGACCUGAUGGAAGGCCUGACUGCCAAGGUGUUCAGGACAUACAACGCUUCCCGCACCCUGCAGGAACAGUUGGACAUUCUCACUAACCCUGAUGACCCUAUUCCGGCCAAGAUCCUGUCCUACAACCGAGCCAACCGAGCUGUGGCUAUCUUGUGUAACCAUCAGCGGUCUGCUCCAAAAACAUUUGCCCAGUCCAUGGACAACCUCAUGAAAAAGAUUGAUGAGAAGAAGCUGCAGGUAAAGGAUGCCAAGAAGUCAGUGAAGGAUGCCAAGUCUGACUACAAGGCCCACAACACAGAGAAGGCUAGACAGACUGUGGAGAAGAAGAAGAAGUCAGUACAGCGGCUGGAGGAACAGCUCACUAAGCUGGAGGUGCAGGCCACAGACAAGGAGGAAAAUAAAGAAAUUGCUCUUGGUACGUCCAAGCUGAACUAUCUGGAUCCCCGAAUCUCAGUGGCUUGGUGUAAGAAGUGGAAUGUUCCUGUUGAGAAGAUCUACAACAAGACCCAGAGGGACAAGUUCCGCUGGGCCUUGGACAUGGCAGAGGCUGACUUCUGUUUUUGAUAUGGAUGUGUCUUAGGCAUCAGUGAUCAAAUGUUAUUUUACUACAGAGCAUUUUGUUGCCAGUCGCCACUGGCUUGGCAAUGUACAGAUUUUAACAAGGGUAUUUAAUAUGGUUAAUUGUGGAGAGAAAAUGAAUGCAAGGUUUUAUAGUGUGUGUUAAGAUAUGUGGAUUUGUCGUGGGAUUUAAUGGACAUUAUUGGUGCCAGUGUGAGAAGUUUUAUGACAUACUAGACGAACCUUGAAUUGUUCUUGCUAUAUUUUGUGGGAUGACCUCCAUAUGUGCUGGUUGUAGAUAGGUGUUCAGCCAUUAAGUACAUCUCUGAAUAUGCAGCUAGAUAUGCAUCUUGGUACACAAUCAUGAAGUGCAUCUCAUUUUGGGGGUAUUUCUGGAAUGAAUUCUGAAUUUGCUUGUCUAAUUAAGUUGAUUAUUAAAUGAAAUAUUUAUUUUAUAAGUAAAUGAAAGGAUGGCUUCAAAAUAGCCAUUGGACAUUAUUCAGUUAUGUUGACUUCACUGCAAUAGUAAACUAAUACCGGUACCUUUUAUGUGAAAGAUAAGCAUUUUGUUCUUAGUGCAUGAAAUUGUUUGCUGUUAAGCGAUAAUCUUUGAGGUAGGCUCUUCUGUUCUGAUAUUGGUCCUGAUUAUCUGGUGUAAGGCACAUGGCCCAACUUUAGGCAUUCAACCCGAUGGUAUGUAAGAUUUGAUUUUGAUUGUAACUUGCCUUGACUGGAGAAGAAAGUGCUAUUACAUGUUGUUCAAGUUAUUCUUUAUGUUUAAUUUAAUAUGACCAUAAGCACAACAUAUACUACAGUGUAUGUUAAUAUGUUGAGUGUCAUUGAAUGUGUCCUCAUUGUCAGAAGAUUCUUUGAUGUGCAAGUUUAUUAUUCAUUUGUAUGAAAAAGUUUGAUUGUACAGUGUAUUUGUUGAUAGGAAAAUUUGUACAGUUGGCAGUUACUUGUCAUUGGUAGGUGUAGAAGGCAGAACUUUCAUUGUUAUUUGGCUAGAAUAAUGUUCCUUGCGACACCCUUCAAUUAACACCAGUUGUCUUCUUUAUUAUGACAAAGUUUGAUUUCGUUUGGAUUCUGUUGUUUUGCCAUGUACUCUGUAACCAUAUGCACUUGCAUCCCCCAAACCUUCACUCCACCCUCGCCCCAGUAUUUGCCAUGUAGCUCAGUGUUAGUAUCAGAUACAACACAUCACUCACUCCAUAAACCCUCAAAGCAAUGUCUGGGUUUUCUCCUGCUUCAGUGUCCAGCAUUGCAUACAUUUAUCAUUGUAUAGAGAAUUUGAACUGUUUUGUGUUCAGUGAAACCCCCAAAUAUUAUGAAUUGGUUCAAUUAUCACCUUUGAAAAAAAUCACCUUUUGUUGGACAGUAUUUUGUGAAAUUAUUGGGGUUGUCACGUUUGUUGAGAUGGGUUGAGCAGUCACAUCUGAGAUGGACAUGUUACUCAGGAUACACUAUGGUGUGGUACUUAUGCCCUUUCUUGAAUGAAAUGUUCAAUGUUACUUUUUUCUUAAAAUAUGGUAUAAUUUUCCUUUCUUAAAUUAUAUCAUACAAAUGUCCAAGGAGGGACAAUAUUACGGUGACAUGACUACAGAAUGGCCUGGCGCUUGUCGUAUCCUCUGGUGAUAUGUUCUUCCUGGUGUGAUGCAGUGAGUCCUUUCCAGAAGUAUAGGACAAUAUCAUACUUCUUUUGGAGUGAUACGGUACACAUGUGACCAGAAAGUCAAGGUACCACUAAAUCCUGUCCUGAAUAUCUGAAUAAUUCUCUGAAUGCUGAACACAGGGAGCAGUGGUAGGUCGAUGGGAAGCUAUGAUAUUGUUACCAUUGAGAAAUCAAAGCAUAUAACACUACUUUCAGGAUAUAACAGUGUCUCCAUAAACACAUCAGGUUUGAGCUGUAUUAAAAAAUUGCUUAAUUGGAUAUGUAAAUACUACCCAUAUCUUUCAAUGAAAAAAAGCAGCAAAAAGAAUAAUUUCAUAGAGCUUGAUUUUGUUGUGUUGAGGUGGAUGAGAUGUACAUUUGAAUAGAUUUAUUUGAAUACUAACAAGUGCAUGUACAGACAGCUAACAAGCAAUAAGUAGAAAACUUCAACUGAAAUGUCUCAACUUUUUUUAUUCGCUUUAUAUUCAAAUGUCAAUUUAGAGAUCUUGCCACAAUGUCCAGUAUUGAUCCCGAAUCAUUCCAUAUACUUUUUAUUAUGCAUAAGCCUGAAAAUAUUUCAUUUUGUCCAUCAGUAUGUGAAAUAUGUAUCUUGUGAUAAUACAUGACAGUUGACUUGGUACUGCAGAAACAGCCUGUACCGCCUUGCACACGUGAUUGGAUGUAUGGUAAAUAGACUUAAUCAAAACUUGCUAGAAAGUUGAUUUGUACACAAUCAGUAUUAAUGUUGGCACACUCACUGUCUUGUGUUGUAGUCCGCAUGCCAAACUUUCAGCUGUUGUGACAUGAAAAUCUCUUAGAUCAGGACCUAGGAGCUGCCAUUUAUGUUACACAAUGAUGUUUUUUACCUAUGAUAUUUUAUCCUUGUUUGGUUAUGAACGUUUUACCACCUUCAGUUUAUUUCCUGUGCUUCUUUAGAUUUUAUUAUGCAGAAUGUUUAGUUAAUUCAUGUUAAUGUAAAUAUUGCAUAUCAUGAAAUUGCUUUGAUUUUAAACAUGUAAAACAAAUUGUUUGACUUGAAUUAUUUUGAAAUAUAACUGCCAUGUCUUGAUGAAAACUUACAAAAUUUGCAUCAGUCUAAAGAGUAAUAUUACUAUCAUCCCAAAAUGAAAUUCAUGUCAUUUUUGAGGAAAAAUACAUGGGGGAUAUUUGAAAAAUGCAGUCGGUUGCAAUACUAAAUAGAUUCCCCUUGUUGGUUAUACGCAACUGUCAGCUACCUCGGAUUAGGUCUGUGUGGUAUGGGAAGAGCAUGAACAGUGUCGUCAUGCUAAGUGUGAGCUGUAUUACAGGUAUUUAUUCAUGUAAGUUAAGGACCACCUGUCUUGUGAUAUUGAAGCUAAAGUGAUAGUCCAACUCGUAUAGUUCACUGCUUGAUGUAUAAACAUGGAUAGAUCUGCUAUGCUACAUGCAAUAUGUUGGCUUUCAGUGCUUUGUGUUAUUUGAACAUUUGUGAAAUAUGCACAUAUUUUGAAAUAAAUCAAAGAAGUAAGGUAAUGUUUCUGAGCCGUGCUGUAAUGAAUAUUUUCAUGUGACCUACCUAAGUCAGGGAUGAGUAUGACCCAAGUAUGGUGAUUACAAGACCGAAUCUCAGUGUUAGAUAUAUAGAGUCCAAUCUCAGAGGCAGUAAACAGGAAGUAUUAGUGCAUGACACAGAGUAUUUUCAGAGACUGUUUUUUAUGGACGUAACUUGAUUAGGAAUCAGCACUGUGUGGACUUGUAUUCUUCUGCCUUAACGGAGAGCUUGGACUCCUUUGGACUUAUACGUUUGUCCAUUCCUUGACAAUGCUAGGUGAAGUGGUUUGUACACAGGAAUUCUAUGAACUAUUCCUGGAAAUGUGUUACGACACUCAAAUAGUAUUGAAUAUUCCCAUAUAUCAGAUGUACAUAUCUUGUUAUCAGCCAUUGCCAUUUUUCCUUUGUGUAGCAUUGAUAGAAGUGACACAGGUAUUGAGCUCUGAUUGAUCGUUUCGAAACACUCAGUGUCAUAAUUGGUCAUUGUUAACUUUCUGUUGGCACCUUGCCCAAUGAAAAUUCAGCUCAAGAGCUCCCAACUAUUGGUGGCUGGUGUUUUAUAUGUUUAAUAUUGUUAUCAUUUUGAUCCAACAAUCAGCUCAAUCAUCAAGUGUUGUGUCCAUUAUUUGUUUGCAUUUUAAACACAUUUUUGUUUGAUGACCAACUAUCAGAGUGCAUCUCUGUGUGUGGCCACUCACAAUGUAUAUGAAUGAUACUGAAUAAAGAUCAUAGCCCAA